UGACAUUCCAUUUCACAGCAUCUUCGCGUUUUUAUUGCUUCAGUAGUUCAGUGUUGUUUUCAGAAAUUUUGUACAAUUUUAAUAGUUUUUGAGGUGAUUAAUCAAUUAACAGUGAUCGAAAAUGUCUCUCGUUGUAAAGAGACCGCUCCCGGAACCGACUCAAACGAUUCAGGAUACCGCUCCAACACUGUUGGGAUCAUCAUGCAGCAGCGCCGCGUCGGCCCGAAUCUACAAGCGAAUCCGCCUCACGGCACGGAAGAUCAACGGAACGCCGACGUCGAUUCUGGCGUACGUCAAUCUGCUGGAAGACACCACCAACAGCAACGAUGCCCUGCAAGUGCUGAUCAAGAUUUCCGAAGCGAUGCUCUUCGACGAGACCGAAUUCCCGGAAGCGGUUCGCAAACUGGUGGAACAUUUUCGGAGGGAACCGGAAUCGGCCGUGCGGGUGAAGGUUCUUUCGCUGUUCGGGGAUUUGGCCACUGAAACGGGGAUUGACUGUCCGCAGUUGAUUGACGAAGUGAUUGCGCUGUUGAAAGGGGAGACUUCGGCGAAGGUGAUUUCGCAAGGAUUGCAGGGAUUGGAGCGGAUCGGGAAGGCCUGCAAUCCGACGGUAGCCUACGUGAAUAAGAUGGUGUUCUUUGCCAAGAGCAAGCUGUUCUCGCCCAGUCACAACGUGCAGCGACAUGCGAUUCUGCUGCUGGGAGAGUUUGUUCUCAUUUCUGACGCCGAGAAGGAGAGUUUGGAGUUGAUCGGCAAGUACACGGAUUCUCCGGAUGCGAGGGUGAGGGCGCAGGCAUUCAGGUCAAUGUUAACCUUGGGUGAGAGAGGAGUAGUGCUGCCGUCAUCCCUUUACGCCAGAGCUUGCAGUGCCCUCGCAGACGAUUACGAAUGCGUUCGGAAGGAAGCGCUUCAGAUGAUUUAUGAACUGGGAGUGCGUCAUCCGGAGGAAUCAAUCAAGAUUGCCGAGUCCGAACAGGAGAUCAGGCUGAUUGAUGAUGCGUUUGGAAAGGUGUGCAAUGCCAUUUGCGAUUUGUCGAUGAAUAUCCGGACACAGGCCGCGGAACUUCUCGGCGGAAUGACAAUGGUGAGCGACGAAUUUCUGCACCAGACUUUGGACAAGAAACUGAUGAGUAACAUGCGUAAGAAGAAGAGCCUGCACGAGAGAAAUGCGGAACACUUCACCAGUGGGGAGUGGUCUAGUGGAAAGAAGUGGGCUGACGAUGCGCCUAAGGAAAUGGUAAAUGCAGAUUCAGUUUCUUUGAUGGCCUCGGGAGCUUGCGGAGCGCUGGUGCAAGGAUUAGAGGAUGAAUUUCUGGAAGUGCGAACAGCAUCAGUGAACUCCAUGUGUAAGCUGGCUUUGAGAAAUCCUCCAUUUGCGAUUACAUCGCUGGAUUUCCUAGUGGACAUGUUCAACGACGAAAUAGAAGAAGUUCGCCUCAGGGCAAUUUACAGCUUGACGGCCAUUUCGAAGCAUAUUAUUCUACGAGAAGAUCAACUCGAAACCAUGUUGAGUUCCCUGGAAGACUACUCGGUGGAAGUUCGAGAAGGACUUCAUCUGAUGUUGGGUGCUUGUAAGGUAUCCACUAAAGCUUGUCUUUCAUUAGUUGUUCAGAAAGUACUUGAUGUCCUGCUCAAGUAUCCCGAAGAUCGUCUAUCCACCUUCGGAUGUAUGCAACGUGUGGGUCAGAAACACCCCGAAAUUUGCAUGUCACUUACUCCGCAAUUGCUCCAGGAUCACCCUUUCUUCGAUAGUGCCGAACGAGACGUUGAAGAUCCGUCCUACGUCUGCAUCUUGAUUAUGUUGUUCAACGCCGCUCAACAUCUCCCUCCAAUGCUGAGCCUUUUCCCGGAAACCAUAGUCAAACAUUACGCCUACCUUCGCGACACAAUGCCAAAUUUCGUUCCCCUACUCAACCUCGGCGGCCAAUCAACCGAACUGACCCUGACCGGAUCCACAGGGUCCCGACAGUUCUUGGAAACUCUCCUGAACAACAUACAGUUGGCAUACUCCGCUCCACAAGCACGUCAAGCCCUACUUAAAACCGCCCAAGAAAACCUGGACCGUUUGGCCGAAAUUGAUCCAUCGUUUUCCGGAACGGCAAACUUCACCGCCGUUUUCCUCGGCACUCAACUUUUGAUGGAACAACUUCAGGUCGCCACCCAGGGUCAACCCACCAAAGCACCCCUCAAGGACUGUCUCGGCCAGCUGAUCCGCAAGUGUCUCAAACUACAAAACCUUUUCUCCAGUCUAACCCUGGAAGACGAGCUUCUCGUGAAACAGAUGUGCCUCCGAGCGAGUGCCCUCAAUUUGGUUCUGGUAGUGAAAGACCGAUCGCAAAGUGCUCUCGCGCCUUGCCAGUUGCUUCUGCACAUCGCUGCCGAUGCUAGCAGCUUCUUGCAGGAGAAUAGUUCCCUAUCGGCCGAUUCAUUUACGAGCGCGAUUCUGACGAAGCUGGCCUCGAUCGGCGAUCCACGUCCGGGACGGGUGUUUCGCGAGAUUCUUCCGGUUGUGCAAGCUGCUGCUCCGGUUGUGAUUCCUAGGAUCAAUACAAACAUAAAAAUGUGCAAAGCACGCAUUCUGGAGCCAUCGGAAUCCUCUUUCAACUCGGACAACGUGAUCAAAGUGACGGCCGGCCUCAUCGCAGCCGUCCCCUUAGUCGCCGAACUAGAAAACCUACAGGAAACCCAACGACAAGACAUCCGACUGAAAAUCAAAUACCCCGAUCAAAACGUCCACGUCAUUGUGCCCCGCAAAAAGGAUCUCAAAAAGAUCAUGACCGAACAGGGCGAAAGUCAAUCGCACUGGCGCCUGCGGACCACGGUGCUGCUGUCGCACGGAGUGUGGACCGAGGCAUCACCGGUGGACAUCAGCAUCUGUCUGUCGGUGCGACCGGGUAGCGAACUGGAGCUGUGCAAACCGGUUAAGGUGCACUUUGCACCGAAGCCGGUCAAGAGGGGUAUUUAAGCGCGUGGUAACAAGUAAGUUGUUGUGGGUACUACAGUUUGACUAUAAAUAUAUUUAGGUUUAAAAUAUCGUUAAAA